CAAGAACAAGCCCAACCCAUUCUUUCAAGUGGCCCGCCCAUUAGAGAAGGCGGUGGAGUGCGCACCACGCUCACACGUGCUGCAGAUAUUACACACACGGUCAGCGAUUUGUGCAUUACUAAAAAACAAAAGAAAAAAAGAAAAAGAAAGAAACUUUGAGCCAACGGCAAGUCGGCUAGCCUCUCUCUCUCUCUCUUAUAUAUAUUGCUCCAUAUAUAUACCUCUACAAGUCAAGAAACUCCAAACAAAAAGGGAAAAAGAAAGAGCUAAAUAAAGAGACAAGCUCUCAAAGGGGAGCAACUGCGCUUUACUUGGAUCAGCAAGCAAAGGGAUUUGAUCCUUGAUAAUAUUUUCAGGAUCAGAUUGGGAGAUUUUGUUGUAAAUUAUUGUGGUUGCUUGGCUCAGUGGUGGUGGAGGAGGAUACGAGUUGUGAAAGAGUUUCUUAUCAGAGUAUGAGCUUUCCUCAAUCAAGAAAUGAUCGAAGGGAUAGGAGUAGAGGUUCCAAUCAAAUUUCCCAUCAAACAUGGGUCCCAAGAGGAUCAACAUCAACAGUGGUUAUGAAUCCACCUACUUCAACCUUCAAUUCUAACCCUAAUAAUGGGAUUGGCAGUGAUUGCUCUAAUGAUACUAAGUUUGCACCGCCUAAUUUUAGGCAUGGUACCAGCAAUACUAAUAAUGCCUUUAGAGGUCGGAACCCGGUGCCCAAUAAUUACAGGAGGGAUAGGGAGAGGGAGAGGAGCCAGACUCAACAGGUUAAGGAGCUGAAACAGAAAGACCCCAAUUUGCCGCAGCUCGUGCAAGAAAUUCAGGACAAACUUGUGAAGGGUAUUGUUGAGUGUAUGAUUUGCUAUGAUAUGGUGCGGAGGUCUGCUUCCAUUUGGUCAUGCUCAAGUUGUUAUUCUAUUUUUCAUUUGAAUUGCAUCAAGAAGUGGGCUCGUGCUCCUACUUCUAUUGACUUGUCAGCUGAGAAGAAUCAAGGUUUUAAUUGGCGAUGCCCGGGUUGUCAGUCUGUGCAGCUCACAUCAUCAAAGGAAAUUCGGUAUGCUUGCUUUUGUAGGAAGAGGAUUGACCCACCUUCAGAUUUGUAUCUGACCCCACAUUCUUGUGGUGAACCAUGUGGUAAGCCACUUGAGAGGGGGAUUCCAGGUCUGGGUGAGAGCAAUGAGGAUCUUUGUCCUCAUGUUUGCGUCUUGCAAUGUCAUCCAGGUCCAUGCCCUCCUUGUAAGGCAUUUGCUCCACCACGGGUGUGUCCAUGUGGGAAGAAAGUAAUCACAACAAGAUGCUCUGAUCGAAGGUCUGUUCUUACUUGUGGCCAACGUUGUGAUAAGCUUCUACAAUGUUCGCGUCAUCGAUGUGAGAAGAUAUGCCAUAUGGGUCCUUGUGAUCCUUGUCAGGUUCUAGUUAAUGCAUCAUGUUUUUGCAAGAAAAGUGUGGAGGUUGUCUUGUGCGGAGAAAUGGCUAUAAAAGGUGAAGUGAAAGCUGAAGAUGGUGUUUUCUCUUGUAACUCAAUAUGUGGAAAAAAGCUGGGUUGUGGAAAUCACUUGUGUGGUGAGACUUGCCAUCCAGGUUCUUGUGGGGAUUGUUACCUGACGCCAGACAGGGUGACAUCAUGCUAUUGUGGGAAAACAAGUUUGGAGGUGGAAAGAAAGUGUUGUUUGGACCCAAUCCCAAACUGUACACAAACUUGUGGUAAACUUCUUCCAUGUAAGAUACACCAUUGUAAGGAGGUUUGCCAUGCUGGGGAUUGCUCACCUUGUCUAGUUCUUGUCACCCAAAGAUGUCGGUGUGGAUCAACCUCUAGAACCGUGGAAUGCUUCAAAACAAGAGUAGAGAGUGAAAAAUUUACAUGUGAUAAACCUUGUGGCCGGAAAAAAAACUGUGGGAGGCACCGGUGUAGUGAAAGGUGCUGUCCACUUUCCAACCCAAACAGUCUUCUCUCUGGUGAUUGGGAUCCACACUUUUGUCAGAUGGCUUGUGGGAAGAAGCUGAGGUGUGGACAACAUUCUUGUGAAUCGCUAUGUCAUAGUGGACAUUGUCCAGCGUGCCUUGAGACAAUCUUUACCGACUUGAGCUGUGCAUGUGGGAGAACUUCAAUUCCUCCUCCAUUGCCAUGUGGUACACCUCCACCUUCAUGUCAGCUCCCAUGCUCAGUUCCUCAGCCUUGUGGUCAUUCAGCUUCUCAUAGCUGCCACUUUGGAGACUGCCCACCUUGUUCAGUCCCUAUAGCAAAGGAGUGUGUGGGUGGGCAUGUGGUUCUGGGGAACAUACCUUGUGGCUCAAAGGAUAUCAGAUGCAAUAAACUUUGUGGUAAGACUAGGCAGUGUGGCUUACAUGCAUGUGGCAGAACUUGUCAUCCACCGCCUUGUGAUGCUUCAUGUGGAAGUGAAGCAGGUUCAAGAGCAUCAUGUGGGCAGACGUGCGGUGCUCCUAGAAGAGAUUGCAGACAUACUUGCACUGCAGUUUGUCAUCCUUCUGUAUCUUGUCCUGAUGUCAGAUGCGAGUUCUCUGUCAAGAUUACUUGCUCUUGUACCAGGAUAACAGCACUAGUUCCUUGUGAUGCUGGAGGAAGCAGCAGUGGUUUUAAUGCUGAUUCUGUAUUUGAAGCAUCCAUUGUUCAAAAGUUGCCAGUACCACUUCAACCAGUGGAAUCUAUGGGCAAGAAAAUUCCACUUGGGCAGAGGAAGCUCAUGUGUGAUGAUGAAUGUGCCAAGUUGGAGCGCAAAAGGGUACUUGCUGAUGCUUUUGAUAUCACCCAAAACUUGGAAGCCCUUCAUUUUGGUGAAAAUUCUGCUGUAACGGAGCUAAUUGCUGACGUGUACAGGCGUGAUCCAAAGUGGGUGCUUGCAGUAGAGGAGAGAUUCAAAUACUUGGUUCUUGGGAAAAACAGAGGAUCCUUAAGUGCUCUUAAGGUUCAUGUUUUCUGCCCUAUGCUGAAGGAUAGGAGAGAUGCAGUUAGGCUGAUAGCCGAACGGUGGAAGCUUACAAUUUAUUCUGCUGGCCGAGAACCAAAGCGUUUCAUUGUAGUAUAUGUCACUCCAAAAUCCAAAGCGCCAUCCCGUGUGAUUGGAAUAAAGGGUACUACAACUUUACUAGCCCCCCAUCCACCCACCUUUGAUCCUCUUGUAGACAUGGAUCCCAGGCUUGUUGUGUCUUUUCUAGAUUUGCCAAGGGAGGCAGAUAUAAGUUCUUUGGUUCUGAGGUUUGGUGGGGAAUGUGAACUACUAUGGUUCAAUGACAAGAAUGCACUUGCUGUAUUUAAUGACCCUGCUCGUGCAGCAACUGCUAUGAGGAGGUUGGAUCAUGGAUCAGCGUAUCAUGGGGCAGCUGUAGUUUACCAAAAUGGCAGUUCAUCAGUUACUUCCGCUGCUACUAAUCCUUGGGGAGGAGCAGGGGGUGCUCAAGAAGGAGCAGCAUCUUUGAAGUCAUGGAAAAAUGCUGUAGUUCCAGAAGAUUCAUGGGGCAGUGAAGAGUGGUCUCAUGGAUCUGUGAAUGUUCAGGCUUCUGCAUGGAAAGGGAAAGAAACUCCAAUUGCAGCUUCAAUUAACCGGUGGACUCUCUUAGACUCGGAAUCUUCUGUAAGUUCAUCUGCUGCAUCUAUCAAAACUGAGGAUCCUGAAACACGAGGGGGAAGCUGUUCUAGUUCAGGAUUAGAAUCAAACGCAAGCAUUUCCUAUUCAUCUGGGGAGCUUGGAGGGGUUUCAAGUCGAGCAGAGUUGCCUGAAGUGGUGGAUGAUUGGGAGAAAGCGUAUGAUGAUGAGAAUAUAUAAAUCGGUUAUAGCAUGAUAUUGGAAUAUGGCAAAGCAGGAGUGGCAUGCACCUGUUUUGACUCUUAAUUUUUGAACCAUUUUUCCAUUUUCUUGUUGGUUGUUGAUAUAGUUACAUCACCCAUUUAAUUAGGGUGUUUCACUGGGUUUAUUUGCACCCUUCCUGUCUUUCUUUGUUCUUGCAAGGGCAGCCAUUUAAACUCUGGUGAAGCUUGUGCCUCUGCUGUAUGGAAGAAUGUUAAAGGUGUAAAGUUGAACCUCUUGUUAGGAUCAAUCACACUGAACAACUUCUUUUUUUUU